UCUACACCACAAGUAUAGCGCUCGCACCUUCACUGUGCACUUAAAGUCACUUGAAACGAAAGCUCAGCAAGAGUUUGGUUCAUAGGCUCUAAUAACUACAUUAACCCAAAGACUUUACAGCAUAGGGAAACCCAACAUUUAGCCACCGUGGACUCUGUAGAGGAAUCAGCUGUUGGUUUAUACACAAUGAGUACCAUGAUGCCAGAAACGGAACAUAAUAAUAAUACUAUAGACGAAGAGGUACGAACCCUAUUUGUCAGUGGCCUCCCAAAUGACAUCAAACCAAGAGAACUUUACUUGCUUUUUUGACCAUUUAAGUGAAAGGGGUAUGAAGGAUCACUGAUUAAGCUAACAUCAAAACAGCCUGUUGGUUUUGUCACCUUUGACAAUAGAGCUGGUGAUGAAGCUGCAAAGAAUGCACUAAAUGGCAUCCGUUUUGACCCAGAAAAGCCACAGACUUUACGGCUAGAGUUUGCAAAGGCCAACACAAAAAUGGCAAAGAACAAACUAAUGGCUACACCCAACCCCACUAUCCUCCACCCUGCACUUGGAGCACACUUCAUUGCACGAGAUCCAUACGACCUGACAAGUGCUGCACUUAUCCCAGCGUCACCAGAAGGCUGGGCUCCCUACCCACUAUACACCACAGAACUGACACCAGCCAUCCCACAUGCUGUAUUCACAUAUCCAGCUGCAGCGGCUGCUGCUGCAGCACUUCACGCUCAGAUGCGCUGGUAUCCUCCUUCAGAAGCUACCCAGCAAGGAUGGAAGUCUCGCCAAUUCUGCUAAAGCUUUUUCGAUGUACCAGGUACGAACGGGUUGGAUUUGAACUUCUGAA